UGCACUGUUAAUUUAAAAAAUAGAGUGUGUGUUGUUUGGCAAUAAAAAUGUAUAGCAAAGUUGAUGAUUAAUUUUGUUUUCCAGAAGACUUUGAGGGCUCCAUGAGCCAGGUGCUGAUGUUCUGGAGGAGUCAUGGGAAGCCUUCCCCAGCUGGGCAUCACUGUGAAUGGCUCUCCUUGGUUUUCAUGGAGCAGGAUGAUGACAUGUGGGAAGCUGCUAAAGCUUUAUUGCUCAUCUAUUUAAAACUUGAUAGGUUCCGGCGUGGUGUUGCUGAUAACCUAAGCCCCAAAGAGGAGGAAUCCUGGCAGUUCCUUGUGCACGCAGGUGGAUAUAACCCACACUGUAUCUUUUUAUUUUUUCUGGAAAAGAUUGCAUUUGAUUCCACAGUACUUCUAGAUUUUCUGAUUUCAUCAGAAACUUGCUUUCUGGAGUACUUGGUCAGGUACUUGAAGCUCCUUGGGAAGGAGUGGCCUCACUUUGUGGAGGUCUGUGACCAUUUCGAUUCCAGGCACAGCGCUUUGCACGCAGUUUGUUCUGUCAGGCAGAGUGCUGUUUGUGCAGCAGAGCCACGGAGUGCCAUGGCUUGGGCUCCUCACAAUUGCCCGGUGUUUACAGCACGGCAGGGUGAUAAUGGGGCUGCAGAGUGGAGCCGGUCUGACUCACUGACCCGCACUGAUAGCGCGUCCCUGCUCGCUCCUCUUCAAAGCCUGGUUAAUUAUGACAGCUCAGAGGACUCGGAGGUGGAAUCAGAUGGAAAAGAGUGUUUGGUAAACACAAAGCAAUUGCCUCCAAACAAUGAGGGUGAGGUGAGGAGGAGGCAAGCAGGUUGCAGCUGCAGAGAUGAUGACCGGAAUUCACGCACCUCUGAAGUGUCGCCUCCAAAACUGAAGGGAUCUCCUGCCUCAUCCUGUUGGACUCGUAUGGCAUCUCCAGAUAACAUUGCUCCCCUCAGAGUAAUGCUUUACAAAUCAACAAAGUGUCUGGAAGAGCUGCAGGAGGCUAUUUCUAGGUUGCAGAGAAGAAAUCUUUUCCCAUAUAAUCCAUCUGCAUUGUUGAAACUGCUGAGCCAGGUUGAGAAGAUGAAUAAAUCCAUGAAUCCACAAUAAUCCAAAGUGUUCUUGUGGGUUUUUUUAAACAAGUUCACCAGGGAAUAUUUCCAUGAGAUUAAUGACUUGUUGCCUCAUGCCUCUUGCACCAGUCAGUGCAUUUAACCUCAGGCAGGGUGAACAUGGAUUUGGUUGGAACCCUAAAAUCUGGGAUUGCAUCCAGUGAUAUGAUCCAUGACCUGAGGGGCCUAAGCUCAUUCAUGGUGUGUAUGUCAAUGUACAGUAAAUAAGGAUUAGUUGUUGGAUAUUCAACUUUUUGUAAUAAAUAACUCAUGUGAAAGCAUUUCAAAAAUAUAUGCUAAAGUAUUGUCAAUUAUACUCAAUGCCAUUCUAUUUUUAGUUCAUUGCCAGAUUAGUAGUGGUUCAUGGACUCAGGGCAAAGUUAAUGCAACACUUGACUGCUUAGAAGUUGGGCUAAAUAAAAUAAUAUGGCU